UACUAAACAACAACAAAAUUAACAUCAGCUGGUAGCGCGCGUGAGGAGCGGGGCUUGCAAUGGCUUAUCAGGGUGGAUGCGACAGUCUGGAUGCUUCAGAGGUGGAGCCGGUGGGAAAGACUUCCUCCAGAUCACUCAGCUCAGGUGGAGGAGGAGAGAUGGCGGAGAAAGAGGAAGAGCAGCCUUCGAGAGUCCGACACCCUGCAGACACUGAUCCUCUGUGCCGUAUAUCAAAGCUGAUUAACUGGAAAAAACCCUUAUGGACUUCCUCUUUCUUCGCAACUACAAAUAUAGCGUUUUGGUUUGUGUCUCUUAGUCCCUGUCGGGUGUUCAGCCUCCUCUCCAUAUGUGUGGCUCUCUUAGUGAUGAUACAGUUGAUGGGAGAUGUGGCUCUUUCCAGAUCCAGAGGAGCUGCUCUAUGGAGGAGUAUGACAAGCAGCUGGGAGGUCAUUGAUUCUGUCCAGGAGGGCAAGUCUGGAUCAGGAUCUCCUUUCACAGACUUCUGGACGAGCCUCAAGCUCUUCAUUGAGGAGACUUCCUCUUUUAAGCAGCAGAAUCCAGGCAAGUUCUGUCUGCUGGUGUGCAGUAUGUGUUCUUUUCUGGCAAUACUUGGACGUUACAUUCCAGGGGUUGUUAUUUCAUACAUCUUAGUGCUUGGCAUUUUUCUCUGGCCCUUGGUGUCGUCACAUGAGUUUGGGAUGUGGUUGGAACCAGUUCUGCCGAAACUGGACUUUGGAGUGGGCGAGUUUCUUCAGAAAAUAAAGGAGAAUCAUGAGAAAAGGAUACUCCAGUCACAAGCCAAGAGAGAGAGCAUUGAAGCAGACCUGUCGGCACUUUUCCCCAAGAUGGACUCCACCGUGUGCAAAGAGCUGUCUGUAUCCGACACAGAGGUCUCUGAAAUAACAUGGACUGACAAUGGCACCUUUAACCUUUCAGAGGGACACACACCUCAGACAGAAAACUCUGAAGACUCAGACCGGCGAAGUGACGAGGAAGUCUUCACCGGUGGACUGCCGGAAUUUCCCUCCUUGGACAAUGUCUUGGGAACAAAUGGAGAUGACGAUGAAGACCUGAGCAUUGGGAUGCCCACCCCUCCAUCCCAUCCCAGCAGGGUCGGGUCCACACAGUCAGAGCAGGAACCCGUGGCCCAGGCACUGGAGGUUGUGCAGAGGCUGGCUGGAGAUCUAAUCACAGCAGCAGUAACGGCGGCCAUGCAGGAACGUCUGGAGGCGGCUGUAGCACCUGCGCUGGUCCAGGCCCUGGCUGAGGAAUCGGACAGCGACGCGGAGGACUUCGAGUUGUUGGACCAGUCAGAGCUGGAACAGCUGGAGGGCGAGUUGGGGCUGGACCGCUCGAGCCGUGCAGAAACGUCUAAAUCUAACAAACCCUCCUCAGGCUUCCUGUCCAAACUACUGGGGCACCAAUGAUUUUAUUCAGAGGGGUUCUGCUUCCCUCUGUGAUGGGAUGUGGGUGGGAGGAUAAAUGUUGGGUUGUAAUGAAGGUAUUCCAUUGUUUUACUUUGCUGGUGUGAUUCAUUUGUUUUGCUAUAAAAACAAAGUCAUCUGUGGAAGGAGGCUAUUUGUGUAUUUCACUGGGAAGGGGAUUGUGGCUGGUUUUGGCGUAGCUCCAUCUUAGUGGGUCAUCGGAGGAAAUGGUUUUCACAAUGUUUCCUGUCAACCUCCAACCCGCCAAUGACCAGAGGGUUAUGGACCAGAGUAAAGUCAUUUGUUUAGCUGUUAAAGGGCUGGUAGAUACAGGAUAUUCCAUAUUUUGCUGCCAAAUAUUUUUUCUCUUUUCAACUUCCUAUAAUUACUCAUAAAAUAAAGCUUCAUGGCCAAAGUGUAAGGGCCUCCCACUAACUGACAAUCAGGAAUGCACUUAUAGGCAAACAGAAACACAUUGUAGAGAAGUACACAUGUGACAAAUACUGGAUGUAUUUUAUUUAAAUAUUUUUUUUAGAGUGAACCAACUAGGCACUAGAGCACAUACGCACCAGAUUAAUAUUCAUCAAAUAGUGCUUAAAAGGAUGGUUCAACCAAAAAUGAAUAUUUUGUCAUAAAUGCUGUUUAAUGUUGUUUUAGACUCCAUUGACUUUCAUUUUAUAAACAAAAACAGUAACACCGAAUAUUAUCUUUUGUGUUCCACAGAACACAAUAUUUGAAAAAAAAAAAAAAUGAAAGUGUGUAAAUAAUGAUAAUUUCUGGGUGAACUCUUUCUCUUUAAUGUACACAAAGACCCCAAUUUUUUUUCAGGCAAAACUGUAAAAUGUAUUUAAUGCCCAAGAAAAAUGUAGACAGAAGACACUUGUACUUUUAGUCAGUUUUAUAAAUCAAAAUGUCUCUUUGGGGAUCAUUAUCAUGCUUUCAGUCUUUUAUCAACUGACCCAUUAUUCAUAAUAGCCUUUUCAUCAAUGUAAGUACAGACGGACAUAUAACCAAGAGUGUUUCUGUUCACAGAGUGUUGCUUGGUGUGUAUCUAAAUUUAGUGUUUCUAACAAACUUCUGAUGUAUAAUGAAUUUUGUAUGUAUCAAAUGCUUUCUAUAUCACAUUGGCCGAAUAGGAAUUUCUGCCAGUCACUAUAAUGACUGCUAUCCAAAAAUGAUUCUACUCAGUGUCAGUUUGAUCUUUUUUUUUUAAAUGUAUUAUUUAUUCCUAUAUAUCUCUCUUAUUAGAUUGCUGCCACGCACAUAUGAUUGCCUUAUAUGCCUGUGCAAGUUUGUCUGUCAGAGCAUAACAGAAUAAGCAAAAUAUAGUUGUAUAAACAAUCUCCAGAAUGUAAUUAAAACCGUACAAUUCAAAA